CUAAGCUCAUUUCAAUAAGUCUUUUUUCAGCACCCUUGCUAUCCUUUUUUUCACUUCAGAAAAUAACCCAAUUAUUCUCAUCUUGAGCAUACCGUCCGCCAAUUGAAUACCUGAGAACACAACAACCUCAAUGGUGUUAAUGUCCAAAAGCGAUAUCGAACUGGCUGCGCAGGUGGACGAGGCCUUGGAUGCCUUCUUCUUUGAGAUGAACUUCGGAAAGCACAUCUUCACUACCGAUGAGGCCGUGAAGGCGCUCGUCCUCUUCACCGGUCACCCGGAGGAGGAGGUGGUCGCCACGAUCGGGCCGGAUGCCUCCACGUUCAAGCGCGCCGAUUUCUUCCAUCCCGCCUACGUCAUUCUUCGACACGAACGCGAGGAGGAGGGGGCUGACAACGAGGAGGAGGGCGACGACUCCGCCGGGCGGAGUACCACCCUCGUUGAGGAAUUCCCCGCCGCGUUGCACAGCUCUUCCAGCGGGCGACCUCCUCUUCCUUCAACUGACGGCAGGAAGCUUUGUAAGCAAUUUCAGCUGAACGGCUCCUGCGGCUUCGGCUCGCGCUGCCUCUACCACCACGUGCGGCCUCCCAACGAGGACGUGAAGCAGACCGUGGAGGAGUUGAUGGAGUAUUCCUUCGUGAAUGAUCUUUGAGCUCCGCGGCAUCUCCCUCCCUCACCUAUUAUGGACAAUGCGAGUUAUUCUGAUUUUUAUCCGUUUUGAAGGCGUCUCCGACGCGAAAGGUAGCGGGGCGUUUGUGUUCGAAUUGGACCGAAAUGAUGCUCCCGCGAACAAUGUAGACACAUGUAGUAAAUCUUAAAACGAGCGGAGAAUAUCCCUCGAUCCUUUGAGUUCAACUUUUAUUUUUACGACAUCAGCAAUAGU